UCCAAACCCUAAUCAGCGUGUCGUGUAGUGUUGCAAAACUUUCUUUUCCCUCCUCGGCUUUCUGGUAAAAGCAACUACACCAUGGACGACGAGGUUCGCAAAAUCUUCAACAAGUUCGACAAGAAUGGUGACGGAAGGAUCUCUGUCACAGAGUUGGAACAAAUGCUUUCGAGCCUUGGAUCCAAAUGGACAACUGAUGAAUUGAAAACGAUGAUGGAACAUAUUGAUAAGAACGGCGACGGUUACAUAGAUCUCAAAGAAUUCGCUGAUUUCCACUGCAAUGAUGAUGCUGCUGCUGCUGCCGGUAAGGAUGAGGAGCUUCGCGAUGCUUUCAACCUUUACGACCUCGACAAAGACGGUGUCAUCUCUCCCACAGAACUGCAUAUCGUUCUUAAUAAACUCGGUGAGAAGUGCUCCCUCGGUGAUUGUCAGAGAAUGAUAAGCAACGUUGAUGCCGACGGUGAUGGAAAAGUUAACUUUGAUGAGUUCAAGAAGAUGAUGACUCGCUGAUGCUGUUAGGGUUUAGUUUUUUUUUUUUUUAUCUUUUCUCUGCAAACAUUCUCUGUUCUUUUUGGUGCUUUGUUAUUGAUAUAUGUUCUCUUCAGGUGUUUAGUAAUUGAUAUA